AUGCUCACACCCCCCGCCUCUUCCACCACAACCUCUCAGCAUGCGUCGACGCUUCCACAACCGCGCAGACAACCGCUGAGGCCUGGUGGGCCCAAAGAGAGCGAGCUCAUCCGCUAUCUAGACCAUGGUGUCAACAGCAUUCAGAAACGCGUCGACAACCGCGUAACGAACAGGAAGAGCAAGUCCGCGAUCGACGGAGAGGAUGGCUACAGCGCCUUUCAUGAAGUCGCCAAGGAUUUGGACGCGCUGGUAGAUGUUGUGUGGGUCUCCGGCUCGCGUAAGACUCCGCCAGAUGGUUACUGUGAAGCGAACCUCCAAACGCCUUACCUCCUCAAUAUUGCCGUCCUCACCAUCGAGUUCUUGCCGCUGUUCCCCAACUCGGCUCGCUCCACUUCUGCCACCUUUCGCCUGCUUUCCAAGCUCGACGAAGCCUUCACCGCCCUGCUCACGGGCCACGACAGUGCGACUGGUGAAGUAUUACCGGGGUUUAACAAUGGUCGGAUCAUAUCCACGACAGACAAGGUCCGCCUGAAGGGUGUCGUUGAACGCACGCGGUUGACGGUUGCUCGGGAACUGAGCCGUCAGAGUGUAGCUGGCGAGGAGAGUGACGCUGGCGAAUCAAUGGACACCGACACUGAAGUAGAGACGACUCGGCCCGAAGGCAUGGUGAGGUUUGAAGGAUUUGGAGACUAUGAUGAAGACGACGACGACGACGACGAUUGGGAAGAGCGGAACAUUGGAACUGUAUACGAAAAGACAAUAGGAGAGCUAGGCGAUGUCCUCGGUGGCCCGCCGAUUGGCAUCAUCACCGAUGACUGGAGUCCAAGUGGAAUGGGACAGCAGCGAAGCAGCGAAGGCUUCAUGGGAUCUGAAGACGUCAUUGAGUUCUGA